AUGGAUGCACUAAUGGAGACUCGAGAGGAAAUUGCUGAAAUAUUGUGCACAUUAUCCAGAGAGAAGCUCAUAGUACUCAGUAGCUUCCUCGGCAUUCAUAGUGAAGGCCUAGCAAGCAGUACACGCCUCUCCCUCAUAUCCCUGAUUAGUAAUCAUCUUGUGAGGAAGGAGCUAGGGGACUUAGAGGACUGUGGCUUGGCUGAGCUCUUAAGUAUUUGGGAAAAGUUGAACGAAUUGGUGGCUGCUCCUAUUAUGAACACUGCUGAAGGAGAGUCAAUGAGUAGCGAAAAAGAGAAACUCAAACAAGAAAUCAUAUUUCAGCCACAGCAAACUCCCACUCCAUACCAGUACCCUAUGCAGUUCCAGCAGUGCUCUGCAUUACAGCAGUACCCAACCAAUGCCAAACCGCACCAGUUUCCAGUACUACAGCAACCUUCUCCAGCCCUACUUCCACAGUAUACUGCACCACCUCAGUACACUGCCCAGCCUUCGCAGGGUGUAACUCAGGGUUUUUGUCUUCGUUCAGAGAUUGGUUCUGGGUUGGGCUUCAUUGGUGAGGCCAAAAAAGUGCAGCAUUUGAAGAACCAUGUAUCUAAAUUUCCCAGCAUGAGUUUCCGGGAACUGCGCUUCGCUCGUGCCAUGGAGUUCACCAUCCACGAGAUCAACAACAGAACAGAUCUCCUGCCGGGAAUCACGUUAGGAUACCAGAUACACGACUCAUGUGGUGCAGUGUCGAUGGCAAUCAAAGCUGCAUUUCAGUUUGCAAACGGCAUGGAACAAUUUUUCAAUGAUACUGAUUCCUGUUUAAGAUCUGCGGCCGCUGCUGUACCUGCUCUCGUGGGGGAUUCUAAUUCCACCCCAUCUAUCAGUAUGGCCAGAAUACUGGGUCUUUUUGGAAUUCCACAGGUGAGUCACUACGCAACCUGCGCAUGUCUGAGCGAUAAGCUUCAGUAUCCUGCCUUCUUCAGGACCGUGCCUAGUGACCAUCACCAAGCGGCUGCACUAGCGAAAAUGGUCAAGCAUUUUGGCUGGACAUGGAUUGGGGCAGUGCGCAGUGACUCAGACUAUGGUAAUAAUGGAAUGGCGGCGUUUCUAAAGGCUGCGCAGGAGGAGGGCAUCUGUGUGGAGUACUCCGAGUCCUACUACAGAACACAACCGCGCAGUAAACUGGAGAGAGUGGCAAACGUCAUCCGCAGAUCAACAGCCCGGGUAAUAGUAGCGUUUCUUGCCGCAGGCGAAAUGAGGCUUCUGUUAGAAGAACUGGCGAGACAGCCGCCGCCUCCCCUUCAGUGGAUCGGCAGCGAAGCCUGGAUUAUAGAAACAGAGUUUCUGCGCUUUAACAUGUGCGCUGGGGCGAUAGGUUUUGGGGUCCCCCGCUCAGUGAUUCCAGGUCUUCGUGAGUUUCUUCUGGAUCUCUCUCCAGAACAAGCACUGAAAUCACCUUUGCUAACGGAGUUUUGGGAGAGCUCGUUCAGCUGUCGCUUAAAGGGCUCCUCAGAGGGCGCGCGGGAAUGUGACGGCAGCGAGGACAUCCGCGCGCUGCAGAACCCAUAUACAGACAUUUACACAACGUCUAACAUGGUGUACGAAGCUACGUAUGCCAUAGCGCAUGCCAUCCACGGUGUUAUCUGUAAUGACACGCAGUGUGACAAGAGCGCACAAUUCACACCAUGGCAGAUACUCGAGCAGCUCAAGAGAGUGAACUUCACUACAAAGGAUGGUUAUCAGGUCUCGUUUGAUUCCAGUGGUGAUCCUGUUGCCGUCUACGAGCUCAUAAACUGGCAGGUUAAGAAAGAUGGUGGUUUGGAUUUUGUGACUGUGGGUCACUAUGACUCAUCCAGACCAAGAGGCCAGGAGUUCAGUAUGAGCAGAGCUAUCAGCUGGGUGGGAGGACAGACUGAGGUGCCAAGAUCUGUGUGCAGUGAGAGCUGUCCUCCAGGAACCAGGAAGGCUGUGCAGAAAGGAAAGCCAGUCUGCUGCUAUGACUGUAUACCAUGCACAGAAGGAGAGAUCAGUAACAGGACAGACUCUUUGAAUUGUGUUCCUUGCCCUCCUGAGUUCUGGCCCAAUGCCCAGCGAGACAGCUGCCUCCCUAAGCCUGUGGAGUUCCUUUCCUGGGACGACACUCUGAGCAUCAUCUUGACAGUGUCCUCCACCACUGGGGCCUUCAUAGCUGUAUGUGUGGCUGCUGUCUUCUACAAACACAGAACUUCUCCCAUUGUCCGAGCAAACAACUCAGAGCUGAGCUUCCUGCUGCUCUUCUCACUGACUCUGUGUUUCCUCUGCUCACUUACUUUCAUUGGUCGGCCCUCUGAUUGGUCCUGUAUGCUGCGCCACACAGCGUUUGGGAUCACCUUCGUCCUCUGCAUCUCCUGUGUUCUAAUGAAAACAAUAGUGGUGUUAAUGGCCUUCAGAGCUACACUUCCAGGCAGUAAUGCCAUGAAAUGGUUUGGGCCUCCACAGCAGAGACUCAGUGUUCUCACCUUCACUCUCAUACAGGUCCUUAUUUGUGUGCUUUGGUUGACAACAUCUCCUCCUCUCCCCUUCAAAAAUCUAAAACAAUACAAGGAAAGGAUAAUACUGGAAUGUGGAUUAGGUUCAUCUAUAGGUUUCUGGGCUGUGCUGGGUUAUAUAGGAUUUCUGGCUCUUUUGUGUUUUAUUUUAGCUUUUCUAGCACGAAAGCUGCCUGAUAAAUUUAAUGAAGCCAAGUUCAUCACAUUCAGCAUGCUCAUAUUCUGUGCAGUUUGGAUUACCUUUAUCCCUGCUUAUGUCAGCUCUCCUGGAAAGUUCACUGUAGCUGUAGAGAUAUUUGCUAUUCUGGCCUCAAGCUUUGGUUUGAUUACUUGUAUUUUUGCUCCCAAGUGUUUCAUAAUCAUGUUUAGGCCAGAGCAGAACACCAAGAAACACAUCAUGGGUAAAGUUCCCUCCAAAUCUCUUUGA